AUGUUAAAUAAAAUCUUUCGUUCCUUCCCUUGUUUCUCUACAAUAUUCCCAAAAAGAAACUUUACCAUAGAUUAUCUCCAAGAUGUUGAAAUUAUAACCAGAGAUUACUAUGGAAGUCUAAGAAAUAUUCUUAAAUCAUUCUCAAAUCAUAAAAUCAACCUCUCCGAUAUUGAAACAUUAAAAUUGAAUCGUACAGCAAAGUAUAUCUAUAAUAACUAUUAGAGAGGACAGAAGAUUGUCGUAAAGUUAACUUUUGAGAAGAUAGAUGAUUACAAAUUUAAUGAAUUGCUCUUUGAUCUCCAACAAAGGUAUGAUGAAGUAUUGAUUGACAAUGAAUCUCAAACUCCCCUUGUUCCAUGGUAUCCAAGAAAUGAUGAAGAUCUUAAGACAAGUAUUACAAUCAUUUAUCCUUAAGUUGGCCUAAUUAUGGAAGUCAAGGAAGAAAACAAUUAAGACCAUCCUCAAUUUAAGGAUCAAGAGUACAGAAAAAGAAGAGAAGAAAUAGCCAAACUUUCUUAAUAACAUCUAAUUGGAGAGCCAGUUCCAUAUAUUAAUUAUACAGAAUAAGAAGAAGUAACGUGGAAAAAGAUAUAUUCGAUUUUAAGAGAACGUGUUGAAAAAGUCAUGUCUCAAAGAUAUCUCAGGAACUUAGUCAAAAUAGAGAAUGCUUUAGGAUUCAAAUAUAAAAUACCCUAGCUUAGAGACAUUGAUGCCUAUCUAAAAGCUGAAACUGGUUUUAGAAUCAAAGCCACUCAUGGAAUUUUAAGUUAAAGAGAAUUCCUCAAUGCACUCGGCCAUAGAGUGUUUUGUUGUACACAAUACAUUAGACAUCAUUCCACCCCAGAAUACACUCCUGAGCCUGAUAUCGUUCAUGAGCUUGUGGUAUAAUAUUCAUAAUUAACAUUAGGGACAUGUACCUUUAUUUGCUGACAAAGAAGUUGCAGAUUUAUCUUAGGAAAUUGGAAUUUUAUCUUGCGGAACUGAAUAAAAAGAUCUAUCAAGACUGGGGACUUUGUAUUGGUUCACACUUGAAUUUGGAGCUUGUAAGGAAAAUGGAUAAAUUAAAGGAUUUGGAGCAGGAAUUGCUAGCUCUAUUGGUGAAUGCGAUGUAUCAAUUAUGCAAUAUUUAUUCUAGAAUUUCCCAAAAGCAAAUUAUGAAAAAUUUGAUCCAUUUAUUCAUGCUGACAGACCUUAUCCUAUUUAGACUGUCUAACCAGUAUAUAUGUAUACUGAAAGUUUUGAAGAAGCUAUGCAAGAAUUGAUUAUUUUUGGUAAGAGCCUCUAAAAACCAUUUGGAUUAUAUUAUGACUUUAUAGAAAAAGAAUUGAAAGCCACAAAAAGAGUUAAAACCCAUUUAAAUAAUCCAUGA